AUAUUCUCUCUCUCAAAACUCUUGUGCUCAUUUUUUUCACAUUCUCUUGUCUGUUUCUUCUUCAAAUCCAUUCCAUUGUGAUUGAAAUGGAAGGGAGCGUUAUAAAGACGAUUGGUUUAGGAGUGAUUUCAUGGACGAUAAAAUUUCUCACAGCAAGAAGGAUCUUUUCAAAUUACUCGUUCGAGUUCUCCAAGCGCGUUGUCUCUACAGUCCACGCAAUUUUAGCUGUAACAUUAGCUUCACUCUGUGUUCAAGACUGGACAUGUCCACUCUGUCCAGUUCCAUCAACCUCCCAUGCGCAGAUUCAAACUCUGGCAGUGACCCUAUCAUAUCUACUAUAUGACAUGGUAUGCUGCUUCUUUGGGGAAAGAAUCAGUCUGGACAGCACCUUCCACCAUUUCGCCUGCGUUGCUGGAAUCGUAGCCGGUUUUUACUAUCAAGAGUGUAUCUCAGAGAUGGUGAUGGCGUUUUGGUUGGGGGAAAUGUCAAGCCCUUUCCUGCAUUUAAGGGCGUUUCUGAAGGAGCUGGGUUAUAGGGACACUGCUGGUAAUCUGGCUGCCGACAUUUUGUUCGCUGCCACAUAUACAGUUGCAAGGACAGUGGCUGCUUAUGUCGCAUACGUGACUCUAUCAACCGACCAACCGCCGAUCUUUAAGGUCAUGGGAUGGGGUUUGGUGGGAGUAAGUGCGUUCAGGUUCUUGAAGAUAGUAAGAAUUGUGAAAUACAAAUUAAAGGAGAGGGCAGCAAAGCAUGGCAGAAAAGCAAGGGAGGAAAGUGGCGGAGUGUGACCACGAUCGACUAAGAAUGGUUACGUUCAGUAUUGAUGGAUGGCAGCCGUUUUUUUAGUUUGAUUAUAUAUAACAAAGCGAUUGAAUAUCUGUCUACACGGAAACUCAAGCUCAUGCUAUGCCAGUGAUAUAAGUGAUUGGAUGGCCAAGGUUGCUUGCUGGCUCAUGAGUUUCCUUCCUAGCCAUGUAUGCCACUGUCAUGUGCUGACUGUUCGUUUUUGUUGUUCAUGUUUUCACACACACACACAGCCUGAAAUCGAUGUCUGAAGUUUGGUGAGGAAUGAAAAUAAAAGUUUACAGUGUAUUCCAA